AUGGGCAUCUACCCUGGAGGAAAGAGUACCCGCAUCGACUCUCCUCGCCAUCUGACGAUACGACACUCUCGUCGUAUUGUCGCAGCCAGUCGACUUGGUCGUGAUCGGAAAGUCGAAUCACCUGUGACAGUACUCGCAAAUGGCCAAACCGUCGGAGAAGAUUAUGAUCCUCUUCCUCCAGGCGAGCAAAAGCUGAAUUCGUUCUGGGCUCCUGGAUUGGGAGCAGGUCCCCAGCGCAUCAUCUCUGUAAAACAGAGCAUUCGCGCUGAUGGACAAACUCUAAACCUUGAGGCAGACCAGGCCUUCUAUGUGGACGCACCUCAAUUCUCUCUGCCAGACGGAAGCGUUCACUCUACGUAUCCUCCAGCAGGAUAUAGUGAUGACCACAGGAUCUUGCCGCAUGUCGUCUUGACAGAUCCACAUCUACCAUGGGAGCGUCUUGGAAGUCCUAAAGCUGGCACGAACCAAGAGCUUAAAGUACAGAUGAAGAUGGCAGCCUUGAGAGCCACAGAGACAGGAGUCAAAGCCAGUGGUGUACCACGCAAUCGUGUACCAUGGCUUGUUAUACUGGCAUUUUCUCAAGAUGAGCUGCGCUUGCCACCAGACGAUCUUACCAGAAUCUUCCGCAGUACCAGCGAAGGCAUCAUCAAGCCUGUCAAACAAUCUUCCACAAUGACAGUGAACAUGAGCAUCGCUGAUCUGUGGAAGCUAACUCCUGACAUCACGACGCCCAUAUCAGCCACUCUUGGACCAGCUUCGAUGAAAGAUAGCCGCGGAGACUUCAUUUUCGUGCAGCCUGACUUAUUCACAAGCUUCUUCUCAACCUUUGAUGAUAGAGGCAAUCGAGUCAGGGGCAGUGGACCAGAUACAUCGCAGUACAAAUACCUAUCCCACGUCCGCAAGAUCAACGGUUCUGGAAUGGCUCUUGCUGGUGUUGAAGACACAGCUGUCUUUAGCAUUGUAGUGGGCAACAGAUCUGGACCUCUUGACAAUGUCACUCCAACCACCAUGUGCGCUCAUUUAGUCUCGAUUGAGGGCGUUGAAGCGAUGCAGUACCCCAGUCAGAACCACCGCUAUGUGGCCCUCUGCUCGCUUCACAGCUGGAACUACACAGUACUCCCACCAAAUACUCUUAAUGUUCCAGACGCCUUUGAUAGUCUUGGUCGCACUCUCAACGUUCUGCGGGCUCCAGAUAAGAUCAUCACGCCCUUGGAGGCGUCUGAUGAUAAGAUCCAACAGCUUGUUGGCCGUCGUUUGAAUGAUGGAUACACUUUGGUCAACUACCGUACUCAGACUGGCGAAGCAACUAUGGCAUUGUAUCGUGGCCCAUUGACGCCCACGUACGUGCCCGCACUGGAAAGUCUCACCCAGUGCUCUACCUCUGGCUUAGAUCUACAAAUACUAGACAAGCAGGUCGGCAUCAUGGACAUAACAUACUCCGUCGCCUGGCAAGUUGGGCGUACUAUGGCCCUUGGUAAUCAGGCAUUCGCAGCCGCACUCGGUCGCGUACGUAGUAUGGUACACGAAGCCGCAGCAAAACAAGUCAAGAUCAGUGCUGUCAAAGACGUCAGAGACACCGCGUUUCGUACUCACAAUGACCUCCUUGAAGACCUUUCCUUCAUGGUCAAGGGCCUGGCUGAUGUCCAUAUUCACAAACGUACUUCGGAACCUCUAGACCCAGGUUCAGGAACAGACGACGAGCCUAGUGGAGAACAGCGUCGUAGGCCCAUCUUCAGACAUGGAGGACCUAGAAAACGAUGGUACCACAAAAAGCUCAGGCGUCAUGACCGUCCGACACUUUCAUUCUCUUCACCUGUCUUUGAGGAAAAGUAUCCAGCUGCUGCCCUGGAAUCUAUGCGCAGACUGGCUUCAAGCAAAUCGGGCGUUCCAUACGAUGAGACAAAUGAUCCCGAAUCUUCAGACUGGAUGACUGUACUCUCGUGGCUGGUUGAUCGAAUGUUCCUUGCUGGUGUGCCAGCACACUGCCUUCUACCUGACCCGACUUAUCUACAGGAGGAGAGCUUGCGAUUCUUCCAUAUUGACAAGAAUUGGGUCGACGCGCUGAUAGAUGGUGCUUUAUCUCUGGGCAACCAUUUUGGUACCGACGAGGAUCGCGUCGCUAUCAAGAAGGCACUCAAUGACUACAUCAGCAGCACGCCUGAUGGAAUGGACCACCGUGUUCAGAUCCCAGCUUACGGGUUUUACCUUCGCUCAGACCUGGUGACCAUGUUCCCUGACCUGCGUGUUGAAGUCUUGUCAAAUGAUGCAGCCCUCAAAUCCGCUGGACUGGCUCCUCCAGAAGGCGCACCUCUUUUACGGCAUGAAAUAGUCACAGAUGGAGUCAUGAUGGCAUUCAUGGACCGUGUCCCUGGUUCCGACCAGUUCUCCUCUCUUGUCUUGACACAACCGUCACACCAGCAGCGGUUCGCUGUAGGCCGGGGUCUUGACAGUGGCGAGCUGAAGGUUGAUAUCAGGCGACAAUACACCGUUGAUCAGCAGACUCGGGAGACCGACCAGCAUAGACAUGAGGCUCUGACCCAGAUCAAAAGCAACCCAGGCGCAUUAAACAACAUGUUCAUCUGGGGUUCGCAACCAAACCAAGGUCUCACUGAUCUGCGUAUACUGCGUCUGCCCGCCUUUGCCGACAUUCAACUCGAGAUUCUACAGAGAAUGAUGGGAAGCCAACAAGGCACUAGUACAGCCUUUUUUAAAGAUGAUGCUUCAACGUCGGCACUGUUUGCCAUGCAGCUCAACGAUCCUGUCUACAACUUAACGAUCAAUAUGAGUGCACCUUCAAAGGCUUCACAAGCUAUCGCUAGCUUGGCCUCUCCUGACCGACAAAGUGGCAAACCAGAGCUGAGGACGUUCAAGAUGCUACAAGCGUUGCGGGUGAAGAAGCUUUCUACCACUGAUACAGAGGUCUCUAUGUCGCCGGGGAGUGAUUCGGAUGAUAACGACGAUACGGAUAUGUCAACUCCCGAAGAGCCUGAUUUCACACGACCUACAGAUUACAAACCUAUCCUGGAGUCACUCUCAAGUUACCUGGCGCCUAAUGUCCGAGCCAUGCCACUUCAUCAAGGUCCAGACGUCGCUGAUCUACAUAUGUUGCCUGCCAGCCUCCGACGCAAUGGGAUAAAACCACUUCCAAGCCGAGAUCGUCCACCAGGGUCUGAGCCAGCAUCUGCACCAAGAUUCCUAAUGCGUGUCAGUAGCAACUUGGUCGGAAGUCACAAUCAAGUCAUACUGGAGAGGAGUAAUCUACCCCAGGACCUUAUCUUCUCGAUCGUGCUAAAGCAAAGCGAGAUAAAUCAGUAUUUGCUGAUGGAAGUAACCGUGGACAUCGCACUUGGUGCGUCGGACGCGCCUACAUACUUCUUGAUGUCGAACUACACUGGCCCUGGCACGCACAUGUUGACAAACCUGCGGUUCAAUGUAAUUCCAACAACAUUUCACGACCAGAAUCAAAACCAGUACUAUCUGCGUAUACGUCUUCUUCCUCGGGCCGAGAAAGGAUGGGUCAUGGCUACGGCGGUGUCUGAAUUGAGCUUCUUGCUUGGGCUGGCGAGCAUGAAUUCUCCAAGCAGGGGUUCAGCUACUACGACAAUUCAAUCACGGGCGAGAUAUUGUAGAAACCCCGCAUUUUCACUGGAGGACUUCAAUGUCAUGGUGGUUGAGAAUGCUCCUCUUUCAGUAAGUGUCGUGGUGGCUUGA